AUGUAUGUAACAGCAUCAAUAAACACGGUAGUCAUUCCUGAUGGUUUAUUCAUAGGGUGGACUUCUUUCAAAGGUGAAGUAUUGUUAUAUCCUGAAAUAAAUCUUAUUCAUUUUAUCUAUACAACAUUUCAACUAUACAAUAUACUUAAACACAUCUAUUGUCUAGGAGCUUGCACAGCAGGAACGUAUGGUUUGGACUGCAGCUACACCUGUCACUGUGGCACUGCCAACUGCGAUGACAUCACAGGAUGUUCUGGUAACUGCGAGGAAGAAUGGUCAGGACCAAAAUGCAAUAAAGGAAAUAUAGCUCUGAAGAAAACUGCCUACCAGAGUUCAUUCUAUAAUGGAUACACAUCGUACCGACCAGAUUUUGCGGUAGAUGGCGAUCUUACACAAGGAUGGUAUGCAGCAAAUUGCAUUUUAACUGGAUACAGCCAGUCAUACUCCUGGUGGGAAGUAGAUUUACAGAGAGACUACUACAUACAUAAUGUAGUUGUUCACUUCCGCACCGACUACACAGUUCGUAAAACUGGUGUACAGGUAUACAGUUCUCUGAGAGAAAACCAGAGUAACGCAGGACACUGGUGUGGAAACACAUCCUUCAGUAGCCCGGUUAUAACAACCUUGACCUGCGAUGACACCGCUAGAUACAUAACUCUCUACAGAAGUGCAGGUGACAGGGUAAUGGACUUCUGUGAAGUCGAAGUGUUUGUUUGUGAUGCUGGAACUUUCGGUGAAAACUGCAACAUGUUCUGUCACUGCCUGAAUGGACCGUGUGACUACGUAACUGGACAAUGUACUGGAGGAUGUAAACCAAACUGGACUGGUGAUACGUGUAAUGUGAAGACUGUUUCACAAGACAUUGCGUGGGAUCAUCAACGUGUGACAGCAUUGGACGAUGUGACAACGGAUGUACAGCAGGAUGGCUUCAAACAGAUUGCAAGACAAAAUGUUCCCAGGGUCUGUAUGGACAAGGAUGUAGCGGUUCCUGUGUAA